AUGGUGAUUCCUACUCGAGACAAGCACUACCUUUUUGGGUACCCUGUCCUCCACUCUGCGUCCCCAGCAUUCCAUAACUUGAUUUUCCAAUCAAUGAACACGAACAAGACCUACGAAUGCUGGUCCACCUCGCGCAUUACCCAGGAGAUGAUGGAUGUUAUUCGUAGCCCCGAUUUUGGGGGCUCGAGUGUUACAAUGCCCAUGAAAGUCACGGUCAUGAAAUAUUUAGAUGAGAUCACUCCCGAGGCCAAAGCUGUUGGAGCAGUGAACACGAUCGUUCCUGUUCUCGAUCUUUCAAGCGGCGUUAUGAAGGCAGUUGGUACAAACACAGACUACUUAGGCGUUCGUAACUCUCUUUUACGACAACUCGGCCUACAGGUCAACCGUACAUUUUCCUCAUCCAACACAUUCCCUCCUGGGCAGGCCGCGGCGCUAUCUAUUGGUGGAGGUGGUGCGGCCCAUUCUGCAAUUUACGCAAUGCAUUCAAUGGGCCUCGCACCUAUCUAUCUGAUGAACCGAGACCAAUCCGAAAUCGACGCUCUGUUCGAGUGCUUCCCUGGCCUCCCGUUGGUACAUUUGAAGACUAUUGCACAGGCAGAAAAGGAACUGGCUGGAGCGAAUCGACCGCCCAUCGUUGCGAUUGUUGGGGCUAUCCCAGCUUAUCUACCAGUCACAGACGCCGAGCGUGGUGUAUACAACAUGAUCACACACGUGUUGACACAACCUUAUACACCACCAACAGCUUCAGAUGCUUCGAACCUUCCCCUCCCACACCAACGCUUGUUCCUUGAUAUGGCCUAUCGCCCGCGAAAUACACCGCUCUUACAAAUCGCGGCUGCAUUGAACUGGGAACCCAUCGGAGGUAUUCAAGCUAUGAUCGAACAAGGAUUGGCUCAAAGCAGAAUGUGGCAGUCCGGAGAUGCUUCAGUUGAUGUUGCGUGUGGAGACAGAAUUGGAGAUGAUGUUAUGACCAAGGCGAGGGAUUUUGUUGAACAGAUGGCAGAUGUAGUCGUGGUAGGGAAGGAGUACGAUCGUGCGCAGGAUUCUCCGGAUGCUCCCUUUCGGGUAUGA